UAUACCGCUAAUAAAUCCAUUGAACGUGUCCUUUUUUCUUUUUGUUCUAGUUUGAUGCAACGUACAUCUUCACCAUCACAGGAAAGUUCACCAUCUUCUUCUUGGGAUCAACUAAGAAAAGAAGCAAGAAGUUUAGAGAGUGAGAUUGAGUCCAAACUAGCUACGUUGACCAAAAUAGGUCAAUCGACAGGACUAGACAAUACAGGACAAGAAGCAGAAACAGACCAACUCUUAAAAAAGCUACAAGCAGUGAUUACAGAUAUGGGAGAUUUUAUUGAUAGACCGAGUACAACACCUACCAGUCCUUCCAUGAUUCAUUUGUUAAGUAGACAUAAGGAUAUUUUGUAUGAUUAUACCAAAGAAUUUCGACGAGUCAAGAACAAUAUCAAACUGGCAAGGGACAAAGCGAACCUAAUGAAUCAAGUACAAGAUGAAAUCCGCACUUUUAACUCAAACAACCGUGAUAAUGCAGAUUAUUAUUUGACAGAAAGAAACAGGAUUGAAAGUUCACAUCGUAUGACAGACAUGGUUUUGGAACAAGCCUAUGCUACACGUCAAGAUAUUUCACGUCAAGGUCGAAUUAUGCAUGGUGUCAAUCAACGUGUGGGUUCUAUUGUCAAUAGUAUCCCGGGCAUUAAUAACAUUAUUACACGCAUCAACACAAGAAGAAAGCGAGAUACAUUGAUUAUGGCUGGUGUAGUUUCUACUUGUUCUAUUCUUAUUAUCCUUUAUUGGCUACAUACAUAAUUAAAAAGAAACGAAUGUAGUGCAAAAAAAAAGAAAAAAAAGGGAAUUUGAAAAAAAUAGGAUAUGGUUC